AUGAUAAGAACCAAUCCAACAGAAUGGAAAGUAAAAAAUCUAAUUAAUGAUUUGACACAAAUAUUUGAACAUUUGGAGAAGGCAUUUGUGCUGUGUCCUGAAAUUGAGCAGGUCAGUCCCACAUUUCAUUAUAUGAUUGUUUUUUUGGAGCAUUAAAUGUUGAAAAGGGAAAAAGAGUUAUUAUGAUUUAAGGAUAUUUUAAUCAGUAUUUCACCAAGUGGAUUUGAAUGCCUUAGGGCCAUUUGUGUGGUUUUAGGUUUAUGCUAUUGACAGUUAUUUUAGGAAGAUUCAUAUUUAUUUAAUAUAUGAAUUUAAUUAACGUUCGCAAUAUAAUAGCAAAAAAUUUGAACUUCAUUUUAACUAAUCGGCCAGUGGCAAUAUGACAAAGCACACACUUUUGUGCUCUUGAAAUGUUAUUUGAAAAAAUAAUAUUAGCAGACAUAUAGAGAAGAUCUGAUUUUUUUUAAAUUGUUAAAAGUGUCCUUUUAAAAUUCACUAAUUAAAAAAGGAUUGGACAGCGAUGAAGCUUUAAAGUGGAUUAAUUUUUAGGUAUAGAUAGGGUAUAGAUAUAUAAUGUAAAUUUAAUUUAAAAUUAUAUUAAUUUUUGUUUGUUUGUACUGAUGCAAAAAAUUUUCCAAAAUGUUUGAAUUUGCAAUUUGUCUAAUCGUAAAUAAAGUGUGACAUUUAUUGUUUUAUUUACAGAAAUUAUUUUCGCCUCAAUGAUCUUUUAAAAUAGUACCGGUACGCUAAAUUUAUUUUUUGAAGAAAUGGAAUAAUGUUUGUUACUGCAGCUUUUGUUUUUUUAUAUUAAUUUGUAUUCCCGGUUUCACAGGUGAUAGUGCUAUUUGGUGGAACAAUUUUUAGCCCAAAGGAAUCUUAUCUCAUUAAUUUUCCACCACCUUGUCCGGAUGCAGAUUGUCUACCACUUGCAGCAUGCCAGAGAACUCUAUUUAAACAUGUAAGCCCUUUAUUCCUUAUGAUAUUCUUUGUUUAAGUGUUUUAUUUUUUUGGGGGGUUAAAAUGAAUGUGACUUUAACUGUAAGAAAGAAUAAUCCAAUGCACCAAGAGCCUGCAUUACCGUUUUACAUAUGACAAGAACCGGCAUUACUGUUCUACAUAUGAUAAGAGCCGACAUUACUGUUUUACAUAUGACAAAAGCUGGCAUUACUGUUUUUACAUGACAAGAGAUGGCAUUACUGUUUUACAUAUGACAAAAGCGAAAAUUACUGUUUUACAUAUGACACAAGCCAACAUUACUGUUUUACAUAUUAUAUGACACUAGCCAACAUUACUGUUUUGCAUAUGAAAAGAGCUGAAAUUCCUGUUUUACAUAUGACUAGCUGGCAUUACUGUUUUUACAUAUGAUAAGAGCUGGCCUUGCUAUUUUUACAUAUGUGCUAUACAUUUAAUUUUUUUUUAUAUAAACAUGAUCAUUAAGACAAGUUUACAUCUGCCGGACAUUAUGCUAGACCUUAUAUAUAAUCAUGCAUUGAAGCUUUUUUUUUUAAUUUGCCAACAGAUCAUUGGUGAGGAUAUCCUGGGAAUGUUCAGCUCGAGCGUCUCUCCGACGAACAUGACACUUUUGUUAUCCGCUCCAAGGUCGUGCCCGCUUAACUGGUUUGUACCUAAACAGUCUUUCACUUCCCCACGGACUGGAUCCGUUGUGACCUUCAAUUUUAAGUGC